GCUGAGGGUCUUUGGAUCUCAGAAAAGGCAGGAAAAAGCAGCAAGAAGUGGUGGAGCAGGUCUCGUGAUUCGAUAAAGGUCAACCAAAUCAGAUGUGACUAGAGGAACACUCUGAAACAUGGCAACUCUCUGCGGUAACAGUGAGGAGAUUUUGAGGGAGGUUCAACACAAUGUCAGAGUAAAGGACGAAAAGGAGGAUCCUACCGUUCAGAUAUCUGACACUCUUCUCCCACAAGAUGUGUUGUGUGACUCCUGCAUGGACAGCCCCAACAAGGCCCUAAAAUCCUGCCUGACGUGUCUGGUUUCUUACUGUGAGGCCCAUCUCAGACCCCAUCUGGAAAACACCAAAUUUCAAAACCACCGCCUUGUGGAUCCCCUCCACGACAUCAACUGUCAGACUUGUGAUGUUCAUCAGCUUCCUCUCGAACGCUUCUGUCUGAUGGACGGCUGCUGUGUGUGUCUGGACUGUGAGAGCCACGAGCACAAAGGGCACUCAACUGCAUCUGUAGGGGAGGCACGCACACAGAUUGAGACUGAGAUGCAGCAGAAACAAGAAGAGAUCAGUCAGAGUACUACAGCAGCUAGGAGAGCAAUUGAAAAGCUGCAGAGCAACAAUGACUUAAUUAAGUCUUCAGUGCAAGAGAUUUCUGUACUUGUUGAACAGCAGUUUAACAGGAUGCAGAAGACUGUGGAGGAGGCCAGAAAAGGGGCGAUGGAGCUCCUUGACGGAGAGCAGAGACAAGCCCUCAGACAGGCAGAUGGCAUCCAGGCACAUCUGGAGCAGAGAAAAACAGAGCUGAUGAAAACAUUGGCUCAAAUGAACAAAAUGUCCAGGAGCAAGUCUGAUGUCGACUUCCUGCAGGAAUACUCAGAGUGGAAGAAAGGAGUGGCAGAUACAUGUCUGCCCAGUGUGUACAUCAACCGCAUGGACCAUCUAACCUCUUAUGUCCAAGUAGUGACUGAUACAACACAGGAGCUGUGUGAUCUGAUUCUCUCCUCCUACAGGGACAAACUGAGCAUGUUUUGUAAAGGUGGUACUAAAUCCCAGAUACCAGAAUCUCAGCUUUCAUCCCAACCUGAUCCUGAGACCCGAGAGGACUUUUUGAAAUACACAAGGAGUUUGACUUUUGACCCAGACACCACCCAUCAUUUCCUACGUGUAACAGAGGACAACAGAAAGCUCACCAACACCAGUCCCUGGCAGCACAAUUACCCAGACCACCCUGAUCGAUUUGAGUAUUGGCGGCAGGCGAUGACUUCACAGAGUAUUUACUUGGGGAGGCACUACAUUGAAGCAGAGCUAAGUGGGGAAGGUGCUCACGUGGGAGUUGCAUACAAAAGCAUCGAUCGUAAGGGAGAGCAAAGCACCUGUUGCAUCACUGGGAGCGACUUUUCUUGGUGCAUGGGAAGGAACAGCCGAGGUUUCUUUGCCUGGCAUGCUGGUGUGGAGACAGCCUUGGAAGUUACUGAUAUCGAAAGAAUUGGCUUAUAUGUUGACUUUCACCUAGGCUCUGUGUCUUUCUAUGAUGUAACUGGUCCGAUGAGGCUGCUCCACAAGUACAAGGCUGAUUUCUUAGAGCCUUUAUAUAUUACUGUGUGGCUGUCAAAGAAAGAUAAUGUGGCUUCUCUGGUUAAUGCAAAAAUGAUGCCUCUUCAAAUUACCUAACAAACUGCCUAACAAAUUACCAGCUGCCAUCACUGUGAGCUUGUAAAAGGAAAAUAGUACACCAUAAAUGUUUAUUAAGGUUACAUAACAAGGUACAUAAAGUUGGUAUAUGUAGAGGAUUAUUUUUCACAUACAUGUCAUUGAUUGUUAAAUUUACCGCCAUCUAGUGGUACCUCUGCAACAUGAGCAUAAGAAACCUGUGCAGUAAUAGGUGUGUUAGGAAUUUACUGCAGCUUUAUUGCAACUUUACUGCUCUUGAAUGUGAUAUAAAUGAGGAAAUAAGUACACAGUUGCCAUCAGUUUCUUUAUUUGUAUUACAAGUUCAUUUGGUUAUUAAAAGCUUCAAUGUUUGUCA